CCACCGUCCUCCACGGCAUCUCUGGUUGCUCGCCCGCUCUCUUCGCACCGUCGCAGGCGACGACCUCAAGCACCAUGCCCCGUCCCCGCUCCCUCCGCUCCCAGGCGCUGUCGCCGAAGCGAGAGAUCUCUCGGCCGUCGUCCCCCACUUUCUCCGAGGCCACCAAUGCUUCUGUUCUCGAUUUCGGGCCAGACGGUCCCUCGAAGAUUAUCACCAGAGCGCACCUCAAGAACAGUAUACAGGCGUAUGAAGACCUGGUCAACAAGUGCGCGGCUUAUCGCGGUGCACUCUUGACGGUGUCUCGGGCGACGGCUGGGUUCGCGGACGCUAUGGGCUCAUGUGCGGGGUUGAAGGGCCCCACGUACGAAUCUGGAACACGGAUGCAAGCCGCAUCUGGCUUGCACCAUCUCAUGAGUAACCAUUUCCAUGUACUGGCCGAGACCCUCGACAAGCAGUUUGAGAAGCCAUUGCGACAGCAUCUCGAGAACUACCGCACUGUUGUCACUGAACGGUCCAAUACCUAUGAGAGGGCGCUCCGUGACAGAAGCAACAUUAUUCGGGAGACGGAGAUGGGAAAUCUCAAGAAGAAGGGCCGAAACCUCCAGACGUUUAGGGAAGCACUAGCCGUCCUGCAGCGACAAGUCGACGAACUGGAUGACCUCAAAGCUCAGCACUACGAGGAGAUCAUCGAUCACGAAGAGGAGGUUUGGGACUUCGUUCAAGGCAAGGUUUGCCUCGCCGUUCGCUCUACUAUGGACGUGUUCGACAGGUUAACGAGCAAAGCUUCUGACCCUGUCAUCGAACCGAUGCUACAGACCAUCCCAGACCCGUUCGAUUCCUACGGCCCUCCUCCAGCCGAGGACCAAAUAUUCACCAUCCUGCAACCCCUCUCUGUCAUCGCCAACGCGCCAUCCACAUCAUCAACCGCCAGUCCUCUGACUGCAUCCACGCCCGAUUUAGAGAGUAGCGAUGGUCCAUCGAACAACAACUCCUGGGUACCAACAUCAGGUGGCUUCUUUCCCGAUGCUAGUGCUGCAUGGGCAGACGUAGCCUCGCCGGCUACAUCGCCACCCCGCUCACGCACAACCUCCAAUCCCGUCUCCCCAGCACGCUCUGCCUCCCCCCAAGCCGUUGAUACGACUGUAGGCGCAUCUCCACCAUCGCACGGCCGUAGACACUCCUACCCUGCAACCGCCUCUGGGUCAUCCUCGCAACUUACCCGCAAGUCCGAGUCGAAGCUGCGUAGCGUUCUCUCCGUCAUCGACGAGAGCCUUCCGCAGUCCAAUGGCCAGAUAGAGGAGCCUCCAGAUAUGGGCGAGGCUGACUUGCCUGGCAACCGCCCUGCCUCUCCGACGCUCAACGGCAAAGGCAGGGCAGACGCUGAUUCGCAAUGGGCGACGUUCAGCUUCCCGCACGCAUACUCAUCGAGCACAAGUAGCGAUGUCACACCGCGCAACUCAACAUUCAUCAACGGUAUUUCGCCCUCGGUAACACCGCAAGGCGGUGGGACUCCCCAUGUCGAACGAAGUCGUAGUCCACUAUCUGACGAGACGGCUAUACCCAUCACGACGUAAUGACCGCACGUUACUUCUCUGGCUUCGGCGCAACCUCAAACCGCGGACUGUUUAUGCUACGAUUAUUAUGAUCUACUAUCGGUCUUAGUGU